UUCGCGGUAAAUGCCUAACCGCUAACCAUUCGAGGUCAACGCAUAACCUUAAUUAUUAGACAUCAAUGCCUAACCCUAACAAAUCUCGCGAGAGUUCUCCCAGUUUGCGGGCUCCCUUCUAGCUACUACCAGCCUACUACCAGAUGAGUGUAGGCGGGCUUCUUGGAACCUGGAGCUCCUCCUGAGUGUGUGUGUGUGUGGCUUUACUUUGACGUUUGUCAACUAACGAAACUCUGGAUGAGAAGCUCCGCUCAUCACCGACCUGACAACAGAGAGAGGGAAUACAAAAACACCGAAAUCCUCCCGGGAGAAGAGAGAGAGACCCCGGGGAGCUGAUAUUUAACAUUAACCAAACCUUUCUCCAGGGUGAUGGUGGUUCCCUACGAGGGCCAGUCCUUCUCUGCUCUGAGGAGGCAGUGCCAGCAGAAUGGACGUCUGUUUGAAGACCCUCUGUUCCCCACAUCCGACCAGUCUCUGUUCUACCAGAGCAACCGCAUCGGCAGAGUCACCUGGAAAAGGCCCAAGGAGUUAUGCAGCAACCCCCAACUGUUUGUGGACGGCAUCAGUGCCCACGACCUGCACCAAGGCCAGCUGGGAAACUGCUGGUUCGUAGCCGCCUGCUCCAGUCUGGCGUCCAGAGAGGCUCUAUGGCAGAAGGUGAUCCCUGACUGGAAGGACCAGGAGUGGGAUAAAGAAAAACCAGAGUCCUACGCCGGGAUCUUCCACUUCCGGUUCUGGCGGUUCGGUGAGUGGGUGGAUGUGGUGAUCGAUGACCAGCUGCCCACGGUGAACGGAGAGCUGGUGUACUGCCACUCCAACGACAACAACGAGUUCUGGAGCGCGCUGGUGGAGAAGGCCUACGCCAAGAUGAGUGGAUGCUAUGAGGCGCUUGAUGGGGGCAACACAGCUGACGCUCUCGUGGAUUUCACCGGCGGUGUAUCGGAGCCAAUGGACUUGAUUGAGAACGGGUUCAAAGACGAUGAAGAGAAACGCAACGAGCUGUUCGAGAGAGUCCUGAAAGUCCACGACAGAGGAGGCCUCAUCAGCUGCUCGAUCCGGGCAACCACUGCAGCGGACAUGGAGGCCAGGCUGGCCUGCGGCCUGGUGAAGGGUCACGCCUACGCGGUGACGGACGUCCGCAGGGUGAGGCUGGGCCACGGCCUGCUGGCCUACUUCAGGUCAGACAAGCUCGACAUGAUCCGCAUGAGAAACCCCUGGGGAGAGAGAGAGUGGAACGGGGCCUGGAGCGACAGCUCUGAAGAGUGGAAGAAGGUCAGUAACAGUGAGAGGGAGAAGAUCGGUGUCACUGUGCAAGAUGAUGGAGAGUUCUGGAUGACAUUUGAUGACUUUAUCGCUAACUUCACAGACCUCAUCCUGUGUCGUCUCAUCAACACGUCCUACCUGAGUUUCCAUAAGACCUGGGAGGAGACCGUGAUGCGGGGCUCUUGGCGCCGCCACGACGACCCGCUGCUCAACCGAGCCGGGGGCUGCACCAACAACAAGCAGUCCUUCCUCCAGAACCCGCAGUACGUGUUUGACGUGAAGAAACCGGAGGACGAGGCACUGAUCUGUCUGCAGCAGCAAGACCGUAGAGCCACACUGAGACACGGACAAGGAGAAAACCUGGCUAUGGGCUUUGACAUACACAGGGUGGAGUUAAACAGGAUCUACCGUAUGCAUACCACCCAGCAGAAGGUUGGUGGGAGCACCUACAUCAACUCACGGUCUGUGUUCAUACGCAUCGAGCUGAAAGAGGGGCGGUACGUCAUCCUACCCACGACCUUUGACCCUGGCUUGGAGGGAGACUUCCUGCUCCGCAUCUUCACCGACGUGCCGUCCGACUGCAAGGAGUUGACUGUACAUGAGCCUCCACAGACCUGCUGGUCCGGGUGGUGUGGUUAUCCCUCUCUGGUCACUCAGGUCCACGUACUUCAGGCUGAUGGACUCGCAGGACAAGACUCUGACGGAGUGUCGGACCCCUACGUGAUCAUUCGUUGUGAAGGACAUAAAGUUCGCUCUCCGGUCCAUAAAAGCACACGCAGCCCCCGCUUCGACACCAAGGGGCUCUUCUACAGGAAGAAAGCCAACCAGCCAAUCAGCAUCGAGCUCUACAACCACAACGUGUUGAUGGACUCCUUCCUGGGUCAGGUGAUGUUGCCGGCCGAGCAAGGUGAAUUCCGGCAGACGCUCCACCUGAGGGACAAGGGCAAUCAACGUAACAACGACCUGUCAGGGACCCUCUCUGUCGUCAUAGUGACCAGCACGGGGCUCACCAACAUCUGAGACACACCACUAAACCGUCCAGUAAGCUAAAGUUUACCAGGUUACCGGUUUACCGCCCUAUGAGGGUAAAUACUUGGCACGAAUAGAGGGUUUACUUUAUAGAAGAUUACAUAAUCCAGCAGUAAGUCUGUGGAGAUCAGAGGAGGAGGAAACCUGAUUCUCUUGCUGUGUUUUAGCCUGAUGCCAUAAAUGUAUGUUUACAAAAUGAUUUACAAUACCUGUAACGGGUGAAAUUGAAUAUCCUGAAGACAAAUGAUUUCUAGCUAGCUUAUAUGUACAUUUACAUGCACAAAAUAUUCAUUUCUUUGACCUUAUUUCGAAAAGAAAAUAUUCCUACUAAGCUGUUUACAUGCCUAAUGAAAGGGAAUAUUCCACUAAUAUUCCCGUUUACAUGCAGCUGUGCAUACUACGAUUCAUGUAAAUCUUGGAAUAACAAAUAGGAUUUUCCACCGGUGCAAACGCAGCCUCCCUCUUUCAUUCCUUCAACCACUUUUUUGAAAAAGUUGGCGUUGUGAUAUUUGGGCAUAUCCAAAAACCGGUUAUGUAAGUCUUUCUAAUGUUUAAAAGUAGGUGUGUUUCUCCUGCCGACCAGAAAUGUGGGCUUUUCUUUUGGACAAAGUGUUAACUAGUUGGUUUGUGUACAACGCACAGAGCUGUCCGUAAACAGGCAAGAGGUCGUGGGUCGCAAACUGCCGUAAAAACCCCAGUUGAGACGCAUACUCUGAAUGCUCUGUAUACAUGUCCAAAUAAUGCUCCUAUAACCUCAAUAAUAUCGGCAUAUCCCACUUGUCUUAGGCUGCAUUCACACCGGAUCAGGCGUUGCGGCGAUUCACCGCAGGGUUGUGCGGCGGUGUGGGAGAGUCACUUUGACUAAUGGCCCAUUAACUGCAACGAUUAAUGUCAAACUUGAUUCUGUUUCCACUUUACAGAAAGUAAUUUGCCGCCGCAAUGCACUUUCCCCAUUCAAAAUUAAUAGGGAGACUCACGUUUUUGCCGCACCACUGGGUCUGGUUUGAAUGCUCCAUUCAGAAUAAGGCCUAAUUCAGAACAUCAAAUCAGAAUAUGCUGUUUACGUGACCCGUAUCCAAUUCGAACUAUUGUCAUAUUCGGAAUAAUAGUGGAAUAUUAGUGUGCAGUAAACGUUGUCAGUGUUUACAGUGUUCUUCAUGUUAUUUUUAUCAACCACUACUUAGUGUUUAGUUUGUUCUACUAUUUAAUAUCUUGUUCUAUUUUAGCUUUAUUUUAAUUUACUCUUUUUAAAAUCCUAUUCAAGUGUCUUUUUAUAUCGGCUUCUUUUAUAUCCUGUCUAUGUGCCUCUCAUGGCUCCUGUACACCACUUUGUAUUGCCUUGUUGAAAAUAAAUUCCAAUUUAUGUGCAA